AUGUGGCCUUUCGGCAGGAAGACGGCGGCCAAGAGCCUGGGCCACAAGAACGUGACCAUCAUCCUGAACGGCGAGCCCAAGUCCGGCACCACGUGGUUGGAGUACGUCGCCAAGGACCUCCUCACGCAGGCGUGCGAGAGCGAGCGGCCCGGCUGCGAGCUGCUACAGGGCGUGGGCGGCAGGACGGUCAGCGCGCUGAGGACUUCCGGGCUGGUCCGGUACGACAUCGACGCCAAGCACAGGAUCCCAAACAUCGGCCACAAGAACGAGUUCGACUUCUCCAUGGCACCGUCCCUGUCAGACGCCGAAGUGGAGGCCGCUGCGAAGGCCACGUUGACGGGGGAGACAGCGGACGCCAAGUGGCUCGCCAUCUUCCGUGAUCCCCGCGACGUCACCAUCUCUUCGUGCUACCACAUGUCCAAGGGUUGCCCAGACGCGACCGGCUACGUCCAGAAGGCCACAAAGCGACAUAGGAUCGACAGGAUCGCGAAGUGGAUCGCACUCCGCCACCGCUUUUUCGACGCGCUCCAGAGGCUGGCCCCAGAGAGGGUGAUGAUCCUUUUCUACGAGGAGAUGAAGAAGGACGAGGAGGGCACCAUCAAGAAGCUUGCAAAUUACUUCGAGGUGCCCCUGACCAGGAAGCAGAGGAUGCUCAUCUCUUCGCACACGACCUUCAGCGCCAUGAAGGACAUGGGCAGCGUCAAGGUCGCCCAGGGCGGCGCCGCCUCGGGCAAGGUGCGCGAGGGGGCCAGCUGCGGGUACGCCAAGGAGCUCAGCGCCGACGGCGCGCAGCGUGUCACCGCAAUCAUGCGCAGGGACCUGAGCCCGGCCCUGAACGCAGUCUGGAAGUGCUGA